ACCAAUACCAAACACAAAAUAGAGUUAUGGCCUCUAAUUUUCUUUUAACUUCAUGUACUACCAUUUCCUCAUCCCCAUCCAAAAUUUUCGUCCGUCCAAAACGUAUCGAUAACUUUAAGGUGAAUUGUGAAAUAAAAAAUAGUAACACUAUCAAUAAUGAUGAUAAUGAAGGAAAAUCUUUUCCAGGAAAACUUGAUAGACGAAAUGUCCUCCUUGGUCUAGGUGCAGGGCUCUAUGGAGCAUCUAAUCUUAUCGGUGUAACCAACGAGCCAUUUGCUCUAGGUGCACCGGUACCACCCCCAGACUUCUCAACAUGUAGCACAGCUAGUCUACCUGAUGGCUCACAAGUACCCUUUUCAUGUUGUCCACCACUCCCAAAAGACCUAACUAAUAUCCCUACUUACAAACUUCCUAACGUGUCGAAAGUCAAAAUUAGACCAGCCGCACAUAAUGUGACUCAAGAAUACAUAACCAAAUACAACACUGCCAUUCAAAAAAUGAAAUCAUUAGACAAAGAUGAUCCAUUAAGCUUCAUUCAACAAGCCAAUAUCCAUUGUGCUUAUUGCAACUCUGGUUACAAAGAACUAGGGUUUCCCGGUGUACCAUUACAAGUUCAUUUCUCAUGGCUAUUCUUUCCGUUUCAUAGAUGGUACUUAUAUUUCUUCGAAAGAAUUCUUGGUUCAUUAAUUGGUGACGAUACAUUUGCUUUGCCAUUUUGGAACUAUGAUAGUCAAGUUGGUAUGCAAUUUCCAUCUUUGUACAAUGAUGUUAAUUCAUCAUUGUACGAUUCUAAUCGUAACCAAAACCAUUUUCCUCCUAAUGUUAUCGACUUAGGGUUCACUACCAUAGACCUCGAUGCAUCCGAUCAACAAAAAAUCAAUAAUAAUCUCACCAUGAUGUAUCGACAAAUGCUCACGAAUGCACCUUGUCCUCAACUAUUUUUUGGAAACCCUAUACGUGGCGGAGAGCAGCCGAUUCGCGGUAUGGGUACGAUUGAGAAUGUACCACAUAACUCUGUCCAUCGAUGGGUUGGUAAUCCAAAUAAUAAGUUCAGGGAGAAUAUGGGAACUUUUUAUUCAGCUGCUAGAGAUCCCAUUUUCUAUGCUCAUCAUGCUAAUGUUGAUAGGAUGUGGACAAUAUGGAAGACUUUAGGAGGCAAUCGACGUGACUUCAAUGAUAGGGAUUGGCUUGAUAGUGCCUUCUUAUUCUAUGAUGAAAACCGUACCCUUGUGAAAGUAACUGUCCAAGAUUGCAUAAACAAUGAAAAAUUAGGUUACAAGUACGAAAACGUACCUAUUCCAUGGAAAAAUUACAAGCCUGUUCCACGUAAACAAAAACUCAAAAAAAACCCUAAAAAUGUAAAACCCUCCACAGAAAUAUUCCCUUCAACAUUGAAAAAAACAUUAUCAUUUUCCAUCAAAAGGCCUAAAAUCUCAAGAACUCAACAAGACAAGGACAUCGAAGAGGAGCUCCUCGUAUUCAACAACAUGACAUUCGAUGAAAAUGAAUACAUAAGGUUUGAUGUAUUUAUCAACGAAGAUGAAGGUGUGAAGGCGAAGGUACUAGAUAGGACUGAGUAUGUUGGUAGCUUCGCGAAUUUGCCUCAUGUGCAUGCUGCUGGGAAUAAUACUGGUAGUAGUAGUAGUGGUACUCCUGCUGUUAUGAGUUUGGCUAUUAGUGAGAUUUUAGAGGAUUUGGGACUUGAAGAUGAAGAAGAGAUUGUUGUGGUUGUUGUGCCACAAUUUGGAGGUAAAGAGAUUACUAUUGCAAGUGUGGAGAUUGAUACUCUUGCUUGUGCAAAUUGA